CGUUGCUUCUCUUUCUUUGAACAUAACUGAGACCAACCUUUUGGCGGUGUCUGUCAUCUACUCCCCCCUAAUAGAUUGUGCUUCCUGGGACUUCAAGUGGUCUCUAAUUGUGUUCAUGGUCUCUCCAUUUUCUGCUUGAGUUAUUAACCGGUAAGUCCUUCUCCAAGCCAACUUUAAUUGCUUCCUCUGCCCAUCUACACGAUCUCGCAUUCUUGCUCGAAUCAAACAUUUUGAAUCUUGAACAUUCACUUCACAACAUGCCCUCUCAUCCACCUUAUCUUACAAGUCAACCAUUUCUUCAUAUGAAACAUUAUGAAAUUGAUCAUCACGCUUCUCCUCGCACAUUAAACCUGUCAUGGCGCCAUAUGGUCAUUUUUUCUUUUUUCUAAAAUCUCCACAUGCUAGCUAUCCCUCCCGCCGGCAAUCCAGAAGCAGAGAAGAUGCCAGAGUCUGGUUGGUUUUGGUUCUCUCGUUGAUAAAAUUACUGGCAGACCGUUGUCUUGAGUUUUUUUACAAGCAAUUCGGAGGUCGAGGCUCCACGCCGCGGCUGAAGAAGGGGCAGAGACCUCACAAGAAGGUGCGCCAAAUUUCCCCUUCUGAAACGUCGUCAGGCAAAACAUGUACUGCGAGCAGCGACAGAGGCAGUGGAGCGCUUUUGGAAGACUGAGCCGAUGAGAGGGUUUCCGGAACUUUUGUCGUGGAUGAAGGAAACAAAUUCCAAAUUGGAUGAGUCGAUGCAAGGAAGCGAAGCAGGGGAGCCUCUGCCUCCCCUUCCCAGCAAGGUCUUUGGGAUAGAGAAGCCUUUGAUUGAGCUGAAAGGGAUGUUGAGGAGGCAUCAGGUGGUCGGCGUUUGUGGAAUGGGGGGUUCCGGAAAGACCACCUUGGUUUUUGGUGGACGUGCUCUGCAGGAACCCAGAUAUCCAAGCUCACCUGAUCUGCGAACAAUCUGGCAAAGACUAUUUAAGAAAUUAAAUAAAAUUAACGAUGGUGCAUUUGCAACCGAAGCUCCUGCGAGCGGAAGAAGAGGGAAGAUGCUAAUAGUGUUGGAUGUUGUUUCGUCCGUCGACAAAGACAUCAGGACGCUGGUGGAUGAAACGAAUAAUGCAGCAGAUUCCAGAAUUCUCAUAACGUUAUGGACCAAACUGGAUAAUAUAUGUGAUUCAACCUACCUUGUGAACUCGCUGAGCGAGGAUGACGGUAGAAAACUAUUUGAGCACCACGCUUUGCUUCGAGACCGUGAAAGAUCUUGGAAGCCGGAUAAGCAGCUAAUAGAUAGUGAGAGGUUGCAAGCUUCACCUCUAGCAUUGCAGGUGAUAGGAAACUCUUUGGCGAAGAGAGAUAAGAGGGAAUGGCAAGAUAUAGCGAAUAGACUUAAACUGACUUGUGGGAGCUUCCAAGACAGAUCUGGUGAUGAAAUCAUUGAAAGCUUGUCCUCCAGCCUUAAAUCGUUGACGGAGGAAGAACGCAAGUGCUUCUUGGACACGGGCUGUUUUCCAGAAGGCCAGACGAUCCCUGCUAGCGCAAUCAUGUUCUUUCAUAUCUUGAAUCCCUUCAAGCAAUGGGGCUAGCUUAGGUGAAUUGAUGAUCUCUAGGUGCUUUAGUUUCUCCAUUUUAAAUGUAGAAUCCAACAUUGAGCAAGCUCUGUAGUAGUUCUGUAUUGACAAUCUUUCUACAAAACGAGAAUGUGGCAAUUCAGCCACCUGAUGGCAAUGAGUAAUUGUCAUGUCCUCUAAACAUGGACAAUUGGGUAAGCACUUCAAAUUUGAACGAGGCCUGCCGUCAAUAUCCAUUCUUUUCAAACAAGGCAUCUCUACAUCCUUUCUGAUGAACCAUCCUUUCCAUUCGUCCACGCCUCUUAUACUUAGUUCUUCAAGAGCUGGGCAAUGGCAUGGUUUCUAUACUAUUGUCAGGCAGCACCCUUAAUUUUGGGCAGAAAGAGACUUUUAACCAUCGAAGGCAUGGCAUGGUUUCUAUACCUGCAUCAAACAAAAACUCCUCCAGGCUCAACAUGUCUAUCAACUUCAAUUUUUCUCGUUUUGGAAAUACAGCUCUUCCACCAACGUGGUUUGAAGUAACGUCAAAAUCCUUAACCCUUUCAGCACCACUUAUUUCUAGUCUCAAGAGAUUGGGAAAAUGGCCUAAGCUGGUCAAUGACUCCAGGAAUUUGCAAUCACACAAAGUGACUUCCUCCAAACAAUAGUAUAUUUUGGAGCUCAUCCAAGUGGGAAAGUUAAUGCCUGCAUAGCAUAUUAUUCUUAAUUCAAUUUGGCCUUCUGGAGGCUGGAGCUCUUCGUGAGGAAUAGCAUCAAACUUUGCAGGUUUUCUUUUCUUCUUAAUUGAGCUUGUUUAGCCUCUUCUAUGUUAUCAACUCUUUCCAAGUGCUUGAUGAUCAAGUGUCCUCUUAAACUGUUCAAGUCGUGCAGCUCCCAUAACUUGCUUCCCCUCCCAUCACCUAAAGUUGCUACCAACUAUAAACUUAUUCAGUGUCCGCAGACAAGUUAGCUUCCCGAUACCUUUUGGCAGGUAUUUUAGUAGAAAUGUUCCUCUUAUGUCAAGAUGUCUCAAAGCACCUAAAGAAGAAAUUAUAUCCGGAAGUCUCUGUACAUCACUGUUGGUAAGGUCUACCGUUUGCAGGUCAUAGAGCUUAGUAAUGGACUCGGGCACCAUUAUUUCUGAGAAGUGGCAGUCUCCUGAUGUGGUGGGUGAAGUAAAACAAGCACCAUUUGCACAAGAUAUUGCAAGCUAUGAGGUCUUUUUGAGCCACGCCUCAACAUUGAACGUCCAGAUGGAGCGAUCCUGAUGGGGCUGUUGGUAUCGGUUGGUUCUGCUUCACGUUCUUCUUUGGUGAGGCCGCUUGCAUGGUGAUGCCAUCAUGAUUAUUUCAUGUAAUGAGAAACACAGCGCAGAUUAGUAAGGAGCAGUUGCUGUAUAAGCGUAGACAACUGUAGGGGAUGACAGGUGUAUGUAGCACUAGAGAGUGGACACUGCCUAAGGAGCUACUGCUCCUGCUCUCGAAAUCUUUCACCAAGACAGCAUAUACCAACGUAAAGAGUGCGACCAUUUGGGGGAAGAUGUAUUUAUUGUUCGGUGAAAGUGAAAAUGAUCUUUGUAUGUGCACCUUCAGCAUUCUUGAAGAAUGCCAUAUGUUUAUUGAAUUCCUUGUAUAGAAAUUCGUGGGGGAAAGUGGAAAGUAAUGUAUGCAGUUGAUGCACUGUUGUAUCUAGUAGAUUAGGCGCUCUAUAGAAAAGACAUCUUUCUGGUUUUGCGGAUGAUUAGGUUGUUAAUACCUGUCUUAUGGAGUUUGGUAGUCAACCUAGUGGUAGGCAGGCCUCUGCCAUGAG